UCAUAUCCAUUCCGCAGCGUGUGGGGGUUGAGCGAGCGUCAGAUGAGCACUCCGUUUCAUCAGUUUGAGUAACAUUUCGCAAUUUUUGGCAUGUAGACACCAGAAAAACAAACAAAAAAAAAAAAAACAGCGAGCGACCAUGCAGAUCCUGACUCCUCAUGUUUACUGGGCUCAGCGACACGGAGAGAUUUACCUCCGGGUGGAGCUGAGCGACGCCAAGAAUCUUGACAUCAGCCUGCAAGAAAACAACACGCUUCAGUUCAGAGCACAGGGCCAUGGAGCUAAAGGAGAUAAUGAGUAUGAGUUCAGUUUGGAGUUCCUGGAACCUGUCAGACCUGAGAUCAACCAUAAGUCCACCCAGCGUCAGGUGGACAUCAAGAUCAAGAAGCAGGAGGAGCGCUGGUGGGACCGGCUGACGCUGCAGGAGAAGAAGCCUCUGUUUCUGGCUCCUGACUUCGACCGCUGGCUGGACGAGUCUGACGCAGAGAUGGAGCUUCAGGCUAAGGAGGAGGAGAAGAUAAAGAGGAUAAGCGUGGAGUCGAGAGUUCGUAAAGACCCUUACCUUGGUCUGAAGAAAGGCUACUUAUUCAUGUACAACCUUGUGCAGUUCCUGGGAUUCUCCUGGAUCUUUGUCAACAUGACUGUUCGACUCUUCAUUCUUGGUCAAGAUUCGUUCUACGACACCUUCCACACCACGGCCGACAUGAUGUAUUUCUGUCAGAUGAUGGCCGUGCUCGAGGUCAUUAAUCCCUUGUUGGGUCUGGUCAAGACUGGAUUUUUUCCUGCUAUGAUACAGGUGGCAGGGAGGAACGUCAUCCUGUUCGUUAUCUUCGGCAGCCUGGAGGACAUGCAGAACAAGCCUGUGGUCUUUUUCGUCUUCUACCUGUGGAGCACCAUUGAGAUCUUCAGGUACCCUUUCUACAUGCUGGCCUGCAUCGGCACAGAAUGGAAGCUGUUAACGUGGCUGAGAUACAGCCUCUGGAUCCCUCUGUACCCACUGGGGGUUGUAGCUGAAGCGGUGGCUGUGAUCCAGUCCCUGCCCGUCUUUGAUGAGACCCGUCUGUUCAGCCUCCCCCUCCCUGCUGUGCUGGGACACUCUUUGAGCUUCUCCUACACUCUGCAGCUCUACCUGGUCCUCAUGUUUCUGGGACUCUUCAUCAAUUUCCGUCACCUGUACAAGCAGAGGAGGAGGCGGUACCGCUCGAGGAAAAGGAAAGUCCACUAACUGAUCACACACCCUGAACUGCCGUCCACUGACAGAUAAAGCAGCUGUUUUCUUUUCUUCUUACUGCCUUUUGUCAUCUUCCACACACACUCACAAUCACACUGAUCUGGUGGCGGGGGCACUGAUCGCCAUUUUUCCUCCACUGGGUGAACAAUAAACCUUCUCCAGACCAAAUCCUGUAAAUCCUACCGCACCAGCUCGAGGACUCACUGUUGAACGGACGUCACCUGAAAACGCUGCACAGGUUGAUCCUGCGCUGCAGUGAGUUUGAGUCGGGAUCUCGUUUAUUCUCUAAAAAAAAUUAAUCAAGAUUUCCAUGGUGUAA